GAAUGCCGGCCGUUGGUGGGUGGGUGGGCUGCUGAAUGAAAUGCACGUCCUUUUUUGUUUGUUAAACUCCACUCCAAAGUUCAAUUUUGGGCGUAAUGCGUGGGCUGCUGUCUGUCGUGCGGGCCUGGAAGAAUAAACUUUUGUGCGGAGGGAAGCAGCGCUGCGCCCUUAUCUUUAGUGGAAGAUAGAGAAGUGUAUGCAGAUUUGUACAUGUACCAAUCUUCCUUCUUACUUUUAUACUACUCCCUCAAACUAUACUCAUCAUCAUGACUUCUAUCGAUCAAGUAUUACAAAAAAUCGAUCAAAACAAGGAAAAGCUCAUUGCCAGAUUGGCAGAAGCAGUUGAAAUUCCUUCAGUUUCAGGUGAUGCUGCUUAUCGUAAACAUGUGUUCGAAAUGGCAGAUUGGCUAAAGGCACAAUUGGAAAAGCUAGGUGCAACAGCUGAAUUGAAACCAUUGGGAAAGCAAAACUUGGACGGACAAGAGAUCGAAUUACCUCCUGUCAUCUUUUCAGAUUUGAAAGCAAAGACUGACGCUGACAAAAAGAAAACAAUUCUCAUUUACGGUCACUUUGACGUUCAACCUGCUUUGAAAUCUGAUGGAUGGAACAGUGAACCAUUUAAGCUCGUUCACGAUGAAAAGACUGGUCGUUUGUACGGACGUGGAAGUACGGACGACAAAGGACCCGUUAUCGGUUGGUUGAAUGUGAUUGAAGCACAUCAACAAGUCGGUUUGGAUUUACCCGUCAACUUGAAAUUCUGCUUUGAAGGUAUGGAAGAAUCAAGCAGUGUUGGCUUGGAUGAUUUGAUCCGCAAACACAAGAAUGACUUCUUUACCGGCGUUGAUGCAAUCUGCAUUAGUGAUAACUAUUGGCUAGGAACAAAGAAGCCUUGCCUGACACACGGCUUGCGUGGUAUCACCUACUUCAAACUUCGCAUCUCUGGUCCUCAAGCUGAUUUGCACUCUGGUGUGUUUGGAGGAAUGGUACACGAACCCAUGACUGACUUGUUUGCCGUCAUGAGCAAGCUCGUCACCCCUCAAGGUGAAAUCUUGGUACCGGGUAUCAAUGAAUUGGUUGCACCACUCACAUCCGAAGAAGCUCAACGCUUUGACAAUAUGGAAUACGCUUUGACAGAUUUGCAUUCCGCAACAGGCAAAGAUGUUGCCAUCAAUGAUGACAAAGCCAAAACUUUGAUGGCCCGUAUGAGAUAUCCUUCUCUAUCACUACACGGUGUUGAAGGUGCAUUCUCUGCUCCAGGUGCAAAGACUGUCAUCUGCGCAAGCGUUAUCGGUAAAUUCAGUAUCCGCUUGGUGCCAGAUAUGAAACCUGAAAAGGUAAUCUCAUUGGUCCAAGAUUACGUGCAAAAAGAAUUUGCCAAAUUGGGAUCAAAGAACACCGUUCAUAUCGAGGGAGAAGGAGGUGCACCAUGGUAUGCUGAUCCAAACCAUUGGAAUUACGUCGCAGCCGCAAAAGCAACCAAAAAGAUUUACGGUGUUGAGCCUGAUCUUACACGUGAAGGAGGUUCGAUCCCCGUUGCUUUAACGUUUAGUGAAGAAUUGCAGAAGAAUCUUUUGCUCUUACCUAUGGGCAGAGGAGAUGAUGGAGCACAUUCAACAAACGAAAAGAUUGAUAUUUCCAACUAUAUCGAAGGUACGAAAUUGUUGGGUACUUAUUUGCACGAAGUUGCUGCUGCUUCCUGAAAACACCUUAAUACAAUUGUCCGUGCAAUCGAGAUUUGAUUUCCCAUUAGAUAAGUUCCUAUCAUCAUCAUCAUAUUGUAAAAUGUGUGCGGCCCAAUUGCCGGCGCUAAGGAAUACUCGGAAAACAAACAGUGGAUAACUUUAUUUUUUCUCGGGACACUUGUCAU